AUGCGGGAUACACCUUCCAAAUUCAUUGAGAUCCUUGAUCCCAAGGACUCACCUUUACGUUCUGAAUCUGACGUCCGUCUCGAAGACGUCCUUGCUGACCACGAGGCUACUAUCGGUGGUCGUCCGCGUUCCUCUACACAAUCUUCCAAGCCAAUGGAAAAGGGUCAUCUUUCGCGCACCAGUUCAACCUCACCUACUCCACGCUGGAAACGUCUCAGCAAUAUGCUGGCUCAGCCGCGACGAAACUCUUAA